AUGUCAGAUGUCUUGUUCGAAAAAAUGCCCCCUGCGCCGCAGAAGUCCCCAGCCUUCAUCUGCGCUGAGAAUAUCGCUCUUUUGCAAUUCCUCCACGAUGUCCCAACCCAGCCAUCCAACAGAAGUCUCCUUGAGACCGCGACAAGUGAUGGCCAAUUACCUCUUUCACUCGAGCACGAGCGGCAGCUCACGGGUAUCCUAGCGACACUCUCUUCGAUUCGCGAAGACGUUGCCCUAAUUACCGCCGUUGCCAUCCGGCAGUUCAACACGCCUGGCAAACACCAUCCGACCUCACUAGAAGUUCUUGUGGCAGUGAACAAAUCGAAGCCCUCCGAUGGAGAAGACUAUCUGGGCUCAUUAGAGUAUCGCGCCUUCGUCGACAUCGUGUCCAUCUGCAAGGAGCGUAUCUUGUCACGCCUUCGCUUUGGCAAGCACAAGCGGGGAAAGACGAAGGCGGCCCUCAAAAAGCUGCUGCACGACAUGUGCGAUGCAGUUGCCUCACAUAGCUCAAGUAGCCAUGGUCAUAAACGAGCUUUCAUGGAUGGAACCCGACGACUCAUAGCGGCUUUCAACCAGUUCGAGAAACACCAGACAGAUGCAGAGCUUCUGUUACUUGUUGAGGAGAUAGACACCUGGACACGAAUGGGAGACUUAUUCGAUGUGUUCCGCGGGGUCCCAUCCUCAGCAUUGAAUGGCGCUUGCUGCGAAGAUUACCGAAGGAUUUUCAACAAGAUUGGCCAGUAUCGUACCGCCGCUCGCCGGCUAUACCGUCUAACCCGAAAGGUCGACGCCUUGCGCGGUAUUACGAUCAAGCCCGUCCAUCUUGGGCCUAGUGCUUUCAUCCGUCCUGACACAACAGGAUACGUUCCAUCUCUUGUUGACACACUAAGCAGACUAUCGGCCAAGAAGACGAAAAAGGGCCUCGCUGCCACGUUGUGCAAUUGUAUGGGGAAAGCCACUCUCUCGGCAGAGCAUGACUUUAUGCAAAACACUCUUCGGAUUCUCGCCGAAUCUAGAAUCCACGCUGAAGUCCAAAUAUUAGUGUAUUUGAAGAACCUACCUCCCAAUGAGCUCUCUACCACCAGAGUGAUUCAGUCGAUGAAGAAAGCCUGCUUUUUAUGCAACGAAAUAUUGGCACUCAAUAGGAGCCCCAGCGUUCCAAAGAGUCAUGGACGCCUAUAUUCGGGGUGGAGACUGCCCGCACUGCCGGGCUUGAAGCACCUUCAGCUCCAGCUCAAUGAGUCACUCCAGCGACAUGCUUGUAAAAGUAUUGAGAGGGUGUUGCAGAAGAAGCAGAUGAUGGCCCUAGUCCACCCUAUUGAGAGCACUGCCCUAACAGUAUCGGAGGUCACAGUCACAGAGGCAGAGACUUUAAAUGCUGCCGAGACAUCCUCUGAGCCUGGGGCGUUGGCACAAGGUCAAGGCCGCAAAAUUAUGCUAGAUCCUGCUGAAGAUGAUGCUACAGACGCAUCAUCUGCUUUAUCUGAGGCGGGUUUGGUCACAAUGGCGAUGACAACUUCCCCCAGAGACACACCAAGCAGCAUUUCUCAAGACGACACAAACAGCCGUCAGGAUCAGCAGCCCUCAUUUUACUUGUGCCCUGGAGAUACGUCCUUGAUCCACAAAUUCGGGGAAUCGGAAAUGUCGAUUGAGUAUGCUGUGGCCCCAGAUCAUCCAAAAUCAGGCAUUCCACUAGUGUAUCACAUCAGGCAACUAGACGAGAAAAACGUCGGCACAUUGAAGAGCCAGCAGACGUGUUUCUUUGACGUCAUGUCCCUUGACAAAGGUUCUGAAGCCACACUACCGGGAAAUUCACCUUUCUAUAUCAAUAUGAACGAUAUUGUCGUCGAGUUGACUUUUCACGGUCGCGACACGUAG